CAGGAGUCUGACUCACACCUGAUACUGAACCUGCCUGCCCCAGAAUAAAGGCAGAGAGGAGCGAUGGAUGAACGGAGGAUUGUGCUUCUUGGGAAAACAGGUGAUGGAAAAAGCAGCGCUGGAAAUCUGAUCCUGGGUGAAAAAGUAUUUGGUACUGAAUGUUCAAAUACAAAAUCCAUUAAUGAGAAGUUAAUAACAGUCAUUGACACGCCAGGGUUUUUUGACACUAGUCUCACUUCAGAGGAACUAAACUCUGAAAUAUUACGAUGUGUUACUGAGUGUGCACCAGGCCCACAUGCAUUUGUGAUUGUGCUCAAAGUUGGAAGAUACACAAAGCAUGAGAUCGAAACUGUGAAAAAAAUAACUGAAUCAUUUGGAGAGGAUGCACUAAGAUAUGGAGUGGUGCUCUUCACCUUUGGUGAUCAACUCACUGAGGGCCAGACUAUUGAAGACUUUGUGAAGGAGAGUAGAGUGUUACAGCAGCUUGUGAAUAAAUGUGGAGGUCGUGUUCAUGUCAUUGAUAAUAAAUACUGGAAUGAGCAACAGGAUGAGCACAGGAGCAACAGGGUUCAGGUGGAGAAGCUACUGAACACCAUAGAGGAGAUGGUGAGGGAGAAUAGAGGAGAGUGUUACACCAAUGAGAUGCUACAGCUAGUAGAUAAAGUUAUAGAUGCAGAGUGUAAGGCUUCAUGUGAGGAAGGUAAAGAGGAUUCAGAUAUUAAAAUAGUGAGAGAACAAGCAAAGCCGAGAGUUCAUAGCAACCUGUUAGCAAAGUUAGUGGGGACGGGAACAGGAGCAUUGACAGGUGCUUUCCUUGGCCUUCAGGCUGGAGCCUUAAUUUCAGAAAGCUCUUUAAGAUACAAACUAUUUUUACUUGGAACAAGUGUAGCUGAAGCAAUUGCAGAGGGAUUAGUGGUAAUCAAGGAGCAGAUGUGGCAGAGAUUGUGGAUGAUGCAAUGAAAAUGGCAUAUAAAGAAAGAGUUGAAGGUGUUUCUUUAUAUAAGAUUUUUGGCCACUAAGUGUAUCAAUACAAAUUAUAUGAUUGCAAUUAUUUACAAAAUACUGUUCAAUAGUAAACGUAAGGCCUUAUCAAGUGCCUUCAAAUCUAUCCAAGUUAUUCAAAACACAUAUAUCCACAUUUCAAGUCAAGAGAAUACUUGUUUUGAAUCGUAUGUUUCAAGUGACUAUUGUUUCCGGUUAGGAUUAGAGUUAAAGUUAGGCUCAGGGUCAGGAUCAGAGAUUCUGAAAUAUUUUAACUUGAAAUGGGUCAAAUAUGAGCCAAAUAUAAGAGGAGAGUUAAUGUGUUAACAGAAUAUCAAACUGGGGAACAUAGGACCCUGGAAACAUGUGACUCUGGGACCAUACGUAUGGACCCAGGGGGACGUGGGCAUAUUCUUAUGGUGGCAUGGCAUGACAGUACUAAUGAUUCUAUGGAAAAUUAUUGACAGAAAAUGAGCAAUCUCUGGAACAGAAACCAAAAGAAUACAUUUCUAAAUUCAUGCGUGCACCAUGUAUCGGUUUUACCAAGAACAUGGUUUGAUUUCACUGUGAGUUAUACUGUGUAUGACUAUGUAUGUGACAAAUAAA